AUGGUGUCGGAACAAGAGCUGCUGGCUUCAUACCCUCAAAAGUGCGCUCCUAAUUCAGUGUCUGGAACGCCAGGCAAUUUGUCUGAGAUGCAGUUAAAGUCGCUUGCUGAAUUAAGGGCAUUGUUGAAGGAGGGCGGGUUCACGGAAAGACUAGACGACUCCACCCUGUUGAGGUUUCUCAGAGCUCGUAAGUUUGACGUCGCUGCCUCAAAAAUCAUGUACGAAAACUGCGAAAAAUGGCGUAAGGAAUUUGGUGUCGACAAAAUCUUUGAAGAAUUCCAUUACGACGAAAAGCCUUUGGUUGCCAAGUUCUACCCUCAAUACUAUCAUAAGACGGACAACGACGGCCGUCCUUUGUACUUCGAGGAGUUGGGCUCCGUGAAUCUCACCGAGAUGUACAAGAUCACCAAUCAAGAACGCAUGCUAAAAAACCUGGUGUGGGAAUACGAAUCGUUCGUCCGCUACAGACUGCCUGCAUGCUCCAGAAAAGCGGGCUACUUGGUCGAAACCUCGUGCACCAUUCUGGACCUAAAAGGAAUCUCCAUCUCUGCCGCGGCCCAAGUACUCAGCUACGUCAGAGAGGCUUCAAACAUUGGCCAAAACUACUACCCAGAACGCAUGGGCAAGUUUUACCUCGUCAAUGCUCCAUUUGGCUUCUCCACCGCUUUCCGUCUGUUUAAGCCAUUUCUGGACCCCGUUACUGUCUCCAAGAUCUUCAUUCUCGGUUCCUCGUAUCAGAAGGAGCUACUGAAGCAGAUUCCCGCAGAAAACCUACCGGUCAAGUUUGGAGGUAAAUCGGUGGUGAGCGAAGAGCAAGGUGGUCUAUAUCUGUCCGACGUUGGACCUUGGAGAGACUCUACAUAUAUCGGGCCCGAAGGUGAAGCUCCUACUGCCUUCAAAGUCUAA